AUGAAGCAAAAGAAGGGUAAUUCUCUGGGCGAGAAACGCCAAAUUUUUUCAUUGGAAGCUUGCUGCUAUCCUUGUUUCAUCGGUGGUGGUGGUUCGUUGACUGGACUUCUGGACUGUGUUAUUAUAACGCAUUUUCACCUGGAUCAUUGCGGGGCGUUACCUCAUAUGAGCGAAGUUGUCGGCUACGAUGGGCCCAUCUAUAUGACAUAUCCAACAAAAGCUAUUGCACCUGUACUUCUGGAAGAUUUUCGUAAGGUACAGACGGAAUACAAAGGCGAUACGAACUUUUUCACUUCGCAAAUGAUAAAAAAUUGUAUGAAAAAGGUAAGAUUUUGCAAGGGAAUUUCCUUUUUUUCUUGUUUGCUAUAA